AUGGAUUUUGAUCAAAUUACUACUCAUCUAGGUGCUUUUGGACGGUACCAGAAAUUUAUGUACUGUCUUAUCUGUAUAGCCUCUGUUUUCAGUGGAAUAUUUACUGUCAUUUCUGCUAUAAUACUUGCAGUUCCGGAGCACAGAUGUAAGAUUCCUGGUUAUGAUAACGACACCUAUGAAGUACAAAAUGAACGGCACCAGGAGUAUAUUAAGAGAUACAUCCCAACCUCUACUGAUGACACACAGCCUUACGAUCGAUGUCACAUAUAUGCACACGAUGAUUGGGACAAUAUCAGUCAUCCCGAAAACGUUACGAAAAUACGUUGCAGUUCAUGGGUAUACGACCAAAACGUAUUUAAAGAAACGUUUACUUCCAAGCACGAUUUGGUUUGCGACAGUUCCUACAAAACAGCUAUGGCGACGUCUCUUUAUUUCACUGGCGUUUUGGUCGGAGCCAAUGUAUUGGGACAUCUCUCGGAUGCAUUCGGUCGUAAAAUCAGCUUUAUCGUUGGAGUGAUACUGCUUAUUGUGUCCACGUUGAGUUUGGGCUUGUCACCUAGCUAUACAUUCUUCUGUGUCUGUAUGGUCCUUACAGGAGGAGCUUCUGAGGGCAUGUACACUCCAGGAUUAGUCAUAGGUUUGGAGUUGGUUGGGCCUUCAAAGAGAACAGUCACUGGUACAGUGACUAACUACUUCUUUGCUGUUGGUAUGGUAAUACUCACAGGAUUAGCCUACUUCAUACGUCACUGGAAAUACGUUGAAAUAGCAUGCGCAGUACCGACAAGCCUCUUUCUACUUUAUUGGUGGCUUUUGCCUGAAUCCCCAAGAUGGCUUAUCACGAAUCAAAGAUAUUUGGAAGCUGAACAAAUUCUGAGAAAGGCUGCAAAAGUUAAUCGAGUAUCCCUACGGGAAGAGGUAUUUGACCAUAAAAAUUGGAUUGACAUCAAAACGGAAAAAACAAACAAAAGGAAGUUCUUUCAGUUGUUUAAGUCCAGGGUUCUACUGAUCAGGAUGUUGAUAAUAUGGCUGAAUAUGUGUGUCAUUAAUAUGACGUAUUAUGGAUUGACGCUAAACACUGGAUAUUUAGAUGGCGAUUACUAUCUCAACUUCUUUUUAUCUGCAUUGGUGGAGUUUCCCGCAUACACAAUCCCAUUACUUCUGAUGGACAGGAUCGGCAGGAAAUGGCUACAUUUUGUCUGUAUGAUUGUAGGAGGCACUGCCUGCUUUUCAACAAUGUUUACCAUUCUCCAUUUGGAUCAAAGUUACCAACAAGUGACAGUAGCAUUGGCAAUGCUAGGAAAACUAGGAAUAACAGCCGCCUUCUCCAUCAUUAUCGUCUACUCGGCAGAGUUGUUCCCUACUGUAGUACGCAGCGCGGCGAUCAGUACUUGUUCCAUCUUCAAGUGGAUGGGUACUGUAGUGGCAGCCUACAUUGUUAAGUCGGGUAAUUUCAUUGAUGGACGAUUUGGCCGAGUUUUUCCGAUGGUUGUUUUUGGAGUGGUGUCAGUAGUAGCUGCAUUAUUAGCUUUGUUUCUUCCGGAAACGAUGGACCAAGAUUUACCAGAGACUAUUGGAGACGGGAUCCGGUUUGGAACACCUGCCUAUAAAAUAAAACCUGAUACAAGCAGUGUUGACAUCCUGGCAGACAAAAAUGUAACCUGUUCCGAAAAUGAUGACCCCGGGACUGAGGUUUCCGAAAGCUAUAAAUACCCAGAAUAG